GCUCGGGUGUCGUCUGACAUCUGAUUUUAAACAGGGAGGGUGACAUAUGAAAACGGCUUUCAGGUUUUAAUACUGAUGCAGAGCAUCAAGGAGACACCCAGAUAAGCGACCUUCUCGAGGGGAACCUGCGCACUUACCGUCAUUAUGUCGAAGGAGCAGAGCGCAAAGAUCAAUGGGAGUCCAGCCGCGACAAAACCUAUCACAGAACCAACAGCGGUGACUGACAAAGUGGAGAAGGCCAUCGCCGAAGCUGAACAAAACCUGGCAACAGAUUUGAGUUUAAUCAAUGAAGGAAAGGAUCCACAAUACCAGGAUGACAGCAAGGAGAAGAUUCUGGAAUCUCUUGAGCUGCUGAAGAACCUGAGAAACGUUAUCAGCGACCUCAAGCACCCUCAAGCAGAAACAAUCAAGAAAGACAUCAUACAGCUGGAAGAGAGAGUGAGGAAACUUCAGAUGGACCAUGAGAGAAUGUAUAAUUCAAGGUGUUUAGAAAGGCUCUGCAGUGAUGACUGGGAGAAAAUCAUUGAGGAGAAACAGGCGAGUCUGAGCAGCAGCAAAUCUGGGCCUGACUUAACCAACAUGGAAAGCCAGAUGAAAGAACACAUUGCCUUCCACGAUGAAAUUGAAGCGUGGGGACCUCUUAUAGCUCAGGAAAUUGACAAGCAGGGCAAAUUCGCUGACCUACAGCUGAAAUACGAUAAGCUUCUGGUCAGCUCAUGUGCGCGACACCAACACCUGCUCACCUUGCGGGACUACAUGGUCCGCUGCACCGUCGAGCUCUUCUGGAUGGAGCAGCAGGCGGAGGAACGUAUCAGCAACGACUGGAGUGAUGCCAACCUGGAUUACCCAUCCCGGCAGAAGCAAUACGAGAAGUUCAUCAGCAAGUGUCUUGAAUCAAAGGAGAUCACAGUUUCCAAACUGAUUGAUGACGGCGAAGCACUCAUAGCUGUUAAUCACCCGACCGUAAACGUUAUUCAGGCACACAUGGAAGCGGUACUGGCAGAGUGGAAGGACUUCCGUGGUCUGCUUACCUGCGAGGAAAAGCACCUGAGGAACAUGGAGGAUUACCACAGAUUUCACAGGGAAGCACGGGACGUCCGGGACCUGUUACAAAGGAUCGACAAAGAGCUGAGCCACAGAUACAACCCACAGUUCAAGGACGCGUACCAGAUAGAGGUCCUCAUUUCAGACCUCGACGACUUGGUGGGAGCUAUGGACCAGCAUGAGAAGCGGGUGGAAGUGCUGCAGGCGCAGAGUCAGGAUGUGCUUCCCCUGAAGGUCCGCAGGAAGAUGCCCAUGGAGCUCCCCCUGGUGGAGGCCCUGUGCAACUUCCACACAGACCAGGGAACAAUAAUCAAAGGUGAGACCUACACCCUUCUUAGCAUCGGCAGACGGAAGUGGAAGGUGCUGGACCUGGCAGGGUGCCAGCUGUCCGCCCCGUCGGUGUGCUUCCUCGUUCCCCCCACCGACCCGGAGGCCGUCGCUCUUUCCCAGAGCAUAGCUAGCCUGAAGAGUGAUAUCAGAGAAAAUAUUUCUAGAAGCAAGGAUAUACUACAAAAACGACUAGAAGAACUUAAGAAAGAGAAGCCGGGCCUUUCUGCCAGUGAAGAGCAGCUUUGCCUUCGGUUGAUGGCUAACCUGGAGAAAAUCAAUAAUGAUCUCGACAAACAAGAAGAGAGCAUCUACACUGUUUUGAGACCCCCACUACAGCAGAAUAAUCCAUUCCAGGACAGUACAAAUCGGAUCAGAGCCCUCAGGGACAUCAAGGCUUGCAUUAAGAAAAUCGAGCUUGAGAAAAAGUCCAAAGUCCAAGAGGCGGAGAGGCUCCUAAACUCUCACCCUAAGUGUGCUGGUGCCCCUCAGCUCUACGCAAAAGUGAACGAGGCCGACGAUAAAUACAACAAGGUCAACGCGCUGCUGAAUUGUGCAGAGGACAAGUUUAUGAACUCCAGCAAACUGGAAAGCUCUUUGAGCACCAUAGGGGAGGUACUGAACACUUAUGAAAUGACUCUGGCAGAGAAGCAAGUUAUGCCAUCGGACCUGUCUUCCCUUGAAAGACUGCAGGAGUAUCUUUUUACAAUAUGCUCUGAUCUGGAAUCCAAAAAAUCUGCUUUCUACGAGGCCGAGAUAAAUCUUGGAACCCUCAGGUCCUGCUGUGAAGGCAUGGUCAGCAAAGUUCAGGAGCACUGUCCUGAUAUCAACAGGCAGCAGGCAGAGGUCCACAGGCUCAGGAGGCAUCAAGAACUUGUCAACAAGCAAGUUGAGGCCAGGUCUAAGAGUCUACAAAAAGCUAAGACUGCUUUAAGCAACUACAGCCGUUUGUAUAACGAGCUAAACGAUUGGCUUUGCCAGCUACCCAGCUAUGAGCCUCAGGACAAAGACAAUGUCCAACAACUGGAUUCCAAGCUGAAAGAACAAAGAAAUCUGAUCGCUGAUAUUGCAAGGAAACAAUCGGACUUGCAAGAGGUUUUAAGAAAUGCAUGGUUGUACCAGCAAGCUGUCGAGGACUAUGAAACUCAGGCACGUCAGUUGAACACAUUCCUUGACCUUGAGGAUGGUCUGGUCAUGAAAAACAUAAAUAUGCUUGAAAGUACAGCUCCCAGUCUCAAAAAUGAGGAAUCUGUGUUAGAACAUAAAUUUCUGGAAGCUUCUGCCAUAAACAAACAAAGACUUCAAAGCCUCGACUAUGCACUAAAUCUAUUAAACCAGCAGAGCGUCCCAGAACAAAAAAGUACUCAAGAUGAAAUAUCUCUCAUGGAAGGCCAAAAACCACAAGAUAUCAUCAUGAGGAGAAAAUUGGAGGAAGAGAUCCAAAAAGUCCAACUGGGACUGUCUGAAGAGCAGAGGCUGAACCGGGACCUACAACAGGAGCUGGAGCUGCUCAGUUUAAAAUGUUAUAGCCUGGAAACAGAGAAGAGGGAGGAAGAUGCAGCAAAAGAGACACUCAGCAAUGGACAGGACAGGGAACAAGACAUCUCCAAGGCCGUCAAUGAGGCAGGGUUUGAGAAAUCGUCCAGAGAGCUGCUGGAGCACAUACGUGAAGAAACCACCAAGAGAAAACAGACUGAAGAAGAAGUGAAGCUCCUUCAGGAGAAACUGAAGGGAUUAAAGAACAAUGAGGCCGCAGCAACCAUCCCUGAGACUGAGAAAGACAAGGAAACAGAAGUGCAACAGCUAAGGAACAAAAUUCUAGACAAAGGCCAUGAAAUAGAGAAGUGUAAUUUGGAAAUUCUUAAACUGAGAGAUGAGAUUCAAACAUGUAAGGCUGCAACGCUUCUUGUUAGGACUGAAGAGAUUACAAAGGAAGUUAUUCAGAAUCACGGUGAUUCAGAUGCAAAACAGGAGUUAGAAACUCUCCGGCAACAACUUACUCAAGAAGAGAGCAGGUAUUUAGACUUGGAGAAAGAGAAGUCAGCUCUUCAGCUUCAGAAGACAUCCCUCUUACAGACCCAGGAUAACGUCGACCAGCAGGAAGUUGGUAAACUGAAGGAAGACCCACUUGUGAAGUCUGAGCGCGCCACCUUUCCUGAGAGCAUCACCAAUGGAAGGAGACUAAGAGAAGCUCUUGGAGAUGACCUGUGUGAGCUCCAAAGUCAAAACUCUGAUUCAGACAUUCAGCUGGAGGAGCUCGAGCGAGAACAAACAGCCCGGAAGAGAGUCGAGAUGGAAGUGCAGAUGUUGAAAGAUCAGCUCAAUGGCCUCGAAGUCAAGAACAAGGAAAAUGAUGAGAACAUUUUUAAACAAAACGUAGCCCUUCCACAGGACUCCCAAGAUGAACGGGAGUAUAUCCUCCUUAAGCAUCAAAUUCAGGAAGAGCGAGACAAGCGAAUUCUGUUGGAGGAUAAGAUAAACUCAUUACUGCGGCAGCAGGCAACACAGGAAAAUGUAGUCCCUUCUGAAGAAGGAAAGAGAGACCCAGUGUUGGAGAUAGAGAAGCUGAAGAAAAGCUUAGAGGAGGAGAAGAAUCGGUACCAUGAGUUAAAUGACCAUCUGACUGAUGUUAACUGCAGACUAUCGGAUAUGGAAAAUAUGAAUGAAGACUUUAACAAAGAGCUUGAAGAAAUUCACACUAUAAACAAUAAUUUAUAUCAGGAGAACCAAAAACUGAAGCAGGAAAUUGAGAGAUGUGGUGGGGAAUAUCAGACCACGCUAAACAAGAAUGGAAGCAUAGCAAAUCUGCCUCAGUCACACAACGGGGAAAUCAUGGAGACACAACUGGCCUCUCUUCAGCAGGAGCUGUCGAACCUCAAGGCCAUUGACGACAAGAAAGACCAAGAAAUUGAGGAGCUGAAGAAACAGUUAUCAGGGGUGACAAUCAAGAAGGAACAUAGGGAAAAUUAUCAUCGCCGGGCCAUUAGGAUCAUUGACCCAAACACACACCAGGAACUGAAGCCGGAAGAGGCGUGCAGGUGGGGACUUAUAGACUGGACCAUGUCUGUUAGACUGCAAAGCCAGGAGUGCGACUGGGAGGAGAUCACAAUACGGGACCCGGAUGGAGAGUCAUCGGUCCUCCAUGACAAAAAGACGGGCAAGUGGUACUCGGUGGAGGAGGCACUGAACGCCGGUAACAUAAAGCUUGAACACGUGCAGCAGUACCAUGGCGACAGAAUGAGCAUCGACGAGUUUGGAACCAUGGUUUCUGGCCGAAACAAAUGACAGUAAAUGUAGAAAAAAUGGGUUUUUACCCUCACCAGGAAAACCGGUGGGUUGAUGAAACCAAUAAAAACAUUCAAACAGUAACGAAAAUUUGCACACACACAGUAGAUAGAUGUAUAACACGGCAUAAGCCUGAUGAUUUGAGGCUCAUCUCUUGCACCUAUGAAGGCGCAUUUUCAAUGGCUCCAGUUGGAUAACUACAGCUAUCAAGUUGCUUUAGAUGAAACUGACACAAGCUCACACAUGAAACAUGUUAAAAUUCAUUAGCCUUUAAAGCAAGUAAGCCUAAUAUUCAUAAGCAAGGUAACAGACCAGAACAUUAAAAAAAAAAAAAAAAAAGAAAAACAAUGAUCCCCUUGGAUCAGAA